UGGGGAUUCUUACUUUUGAAGAGAAGAAGUUUCUGCUGGCUGUGGAGAGAGGGGAUGUGGCGAGCACGGGCAGGAUGCUUGAGAACUGCAAAGACACGGGGCAGAUAAAUAUCGACUGUGUUGACCCUUUAGGUCGCUCAGCACUUCUCAUGGCAAUCGACAAUGAAAACCUGGAGAUGGUUGAACUUCUUCUUGAGAAUAAGAGUUGGGAAGCUAUACCUAGUGAUACUGCCACCUUUACUCCUGAUAUAACUCCGUUAAUAUUGGCGGCCCACACAGAUAACUACGAAGUGAUUAAAAUCCUGUUGGAUAGAGGAGCUGUUCUUCCAAUGCCUCACGACAUCAGGUGCGGGUGCGAGGAAUGUUCAACGUCUAGAAGUGAAGAUAGUUUGAGACAUUCAAGAUCUAGAAUAAAUUCAUACAAGGCCCUUGCAUCUCCUUCCCUCAUAGCUCUUUCAAGCAAGGAUCCUAUUUUGACGGCUUUCGAAUUAUCCUGGGAACUCAGAAGACUAGCUUUUGCUGAACACGAGUUUAAAAGUGAAUAUUUGGGAUUGCGGAAACAGUGCCAAAACUUCGCAACUGCACUUCUUGAUCAUACAAGGAGUAGUCAGGAACUAGAGAUUUUACUUAACCAUGAUCCAUCAGGACCAGAAUACAAGCAUGGUGAGAGAAUGCAUUUGAAUAGACUGAAGCUAGCAAUCAAGUAUAGACAGAAAAAGUUUGUAGCACAUCCAAAUGUUCAACAAUUACUUGCGUCCAUAUGGUAUGAAGGACUUCCUGGAUUUAGACAAAUGAAUAUGGUGCUCCAGGCAUUAGAGGUCUGCAGAAUUGGUUUAUUAUUUCCUUUUUUCUCCAUCACAUACAUUAUUUGCCCUUGGAUUAGGAUGUCUCAGAUGAUGAGAAAACCUUUUAUCAAAUUUAUUUGCAACUCUGCCUCAUACUUCACAUUUUUAUUUUUGUUAAUACUGGCGUCUCAGCGGAUAGAAGAUAUGAUUGGUUGGGAGUUUAAUUCUAAUGCAACUAAACGGGGUGCUUCGCCUUCCCUUGUAGAAUCCUUUAUUCUCGCCUGGGUUGCAGGUUUGAUCUGGAGCGAGAUCAAACAGCUAUGGGAUGUAGGGAUGCGAGAGUAUAUCAGUGAUAUGUGGAAUGUUGUGGACUUUAUAACAAACUCCUUAUACGUUGCAACAAUAGCGCUUCGCCUCGUGGCUUACUACGAUGUUCAAACAGAACUGGCGUUAGGGGUAGAUACUCUGGAACUACCUAGAGAGCAAUGGGAUGCUUGGGAUCCUACUCUUAUAUCAGAGGUUUCUUUGAGCCGGAUGGUUAUGGAUAUCAUGAAGUUCUGUGCUCUCUAUAUUCUAGUUCUUUUUGCCUUCUCCUGUGGAAUGAACCAGCUGCUAUGGUACUAUGCUGAAUUAGAAAAACAGAAAUGUGUAGAAGAUUCAGGGAAUAACAACAUUACAACCAUUGAAAACCUGACGGGAGGAAGGAAAAAUAACAGGAUGGCGUAUGAGAAGAAUGAUAAGAUUGUUGUAGAGAUAAACCAUUGUCUUGCAUACAGAAGAUUUGAAAAUAUUUGGGAAACCUCGCAGACUCUAUACUGGGCUUCCUUCGGCCUAGUGGACCUCGACAAUUUCGAGUUGACCGGCAUCAAGGAGUUUACCAGAUUCUGGGGACUGUUAAUGUUUGGCACAUUCUCGAUCAUAAACAUCAUAGUUCUGUUGAACCUGCUGAUCGCCAUGAUGAAUCACUCCUACCAACUCAUCUCCGAGAAGGCGGAUACUGAGUGGAAAUUUGCGAGGAGUAAACUGUGGAUUUCCUAUUUCGAGGAAGGCGGAACUGUUCCUCCAUUAUUUAGAGGUACAUACUUGAAGUUGUGUGGAUCUAGUACCAAAAUGAAGAAAGAACAUCUCCAGACGAGAAAAGUGAAGCAAGCUAGUGAACGGGAUAUAAAGUAUCAGACGAUAAUGCGUAAUCUGGUGAGACGGUAUGUGACGCAAGAACAACGCAAGGCUGAGAACGAGGGGGUGACAGAGGACGACGUGAACGAGAUCAAGAAUGAUAUUUCUGCCUUCAGAUUCGAAUUGAUCGAGAUCAUGAGAGCGUCAGGGAUGAAAACUCAGGGAGCUUCAGGGCCGUCAGGGCCUGGAGGGAAAAAGAAUCGGCAAAAGGAGAGAAGAUUGAUGAAAGGAUUCCAUCUAUCCACAGGAGCCUCUACAACAGCCGGACCUUCCCCCGCAUCCACCCCUGCUAACCCCUGCAACGAUAAGAGGAGUAGUCUCAACACAGAGAUAUCUAUAGAUAUGACUAAACGACCAGCUAGUAAAGGUGGUUUCAGCAGAAUAGCAAGAUUAGUUGGAUCAGGAAAUGGGGGACAAAGCCAGGCCUCAGAGGAGAGACAUCAUGCAGAGGCCCCAAUGGCGACCACGGCAGCGGCGGCUGACUCUGAUUCUGGCAAAAAGUGGGGAAAACUGAGUCUCACAGAUGCCAUCAAAACUGCAAAAGUUCCACGAUUAAUGCGAGGACAGAGAGGAAACUCUAGUGAGGAAUCCAGGGGCUCCCUGGAGGAGGGAGGAGACAAUACUCUUCCGAGAACCCGGAGUAGGAAGGAUAAGUACCUGAAACCAAGAACAGCAGCAGGAGCAGGAGAUUUAGGGGCUCCUGGAGCCGGGGAUCCAGGAACUCCUGGAGCCGGGGAUCCAAGUGCUCCUGGAGAACCUGGAGGAGACAAUAAAGAUCAUCUUCAAGUUCUCACUCAUACUCCACCAGGAGGGGUGGAAACCAUUAAUGAGACGGUUUCUAACAAAUCAUUUGGAAAUGAGCCAAACAUGCGGAGCAGUGGUAGGCUCCAGAGAACUAAUAGAAUUGAUGACGACGAUUCCGGGUCUAAGUCAAGUCAGUCACGAACCGCCCGUUCCUCAACUAAGUCAGUAAAUGGACAAAAUGAAGUGCUCAAAAGUUCUGAAAAGAGCUGGGACCGGUUGGAUCUAAUGAAAGAAGAUGGUUCCCUCCAACCUUUAUUAGGUUCGGAUCAAGGUUUUAGCUCUGGGUUAGGUCCUUCCUCACCCUACCGAGGCCCGGAGAGACGACCUAACACUGGGUUGGGAUUGACCACUCCUCUCCUAGGUCCGGAGAGACGUCCUACUCCAGGUUUGGGAAGUAUAUCUCAACCUGCCAGCUUUCACAGCAAUGUUCCCGGUCUUCAACCAAUGUCUACUAGCAGGUUAUAUCUAGGAGCUAUCCAGGUUCUAUCUAGGUUCUACAGCAUUACUCUGUCCAAUGUCCAUAUUGUAUUUAACUAGGGAAAGCAUGAAAAGACAUUUUUUAGAUGUUAUAAAGUUAAAAAUGCAAGGUUUGUAUUUAAAAAAUUGGCCAUUGAUAGAACAUGGGGUUGUUUUAUAAAUGAACAUUUGUUUUAAACAUCGACCAGUUCAUAAUUAACUUUUAACCCUACUACGAUUGACCCCCCCCCCCUCUGAAAAAUAAAAAUGGAUGUUAUAAGCAUAUGU